AUGAGUUUAAAAGAAAUUGUUACCAUAUAAAACAUACUUGAAGCACUCUAAACUGAUGAUGCUGAAAAGCAAUUACGAAAGAAAAAGCUGUUUGCCUUCAUCAUAGAUGCAUCCAAGCCUAAGAGACUCCAUGGCCAAGGAGAUUACAUGUAAAUGAUCAAAAUUAUGGAUGAUUCCUACAAUGGAUACCUGACCCUAUUCUAUUUCUUCAAAUCUCUUUCCGAGGCUGCUCCCCUGGACACCAUUGGGGAUAUUGUCUUCUUAAAAAGAUACCAUUACUAAUUGUUUAAUGGGGAACCUCAAGGGAGAAGAAAUAGUUUCAAGACUUCAUAUUUCUUAUUGUUUGAUGCAAAUACAUUGGAAUUGAAAUUCAACCCCUAAGAUAGUACAGAACCCUCCAAUGAAGAAUUACUUUGCAUAUAAAAAAUCUCAAAUCAUAGUUAAUCAUAUUUGGCCUAAACCAGCUUAAUAAACCUCUAUUGGUAUGGAGUAACAAACGCAAUCUAUGAUGGAUUAUUUUCAAUAUAGGAAUUGAAGGAUGAAAAUGUAGUUUAAUUAAGGGACUCCAAAAACGAUCAAUACACCCUAUUAUGUUAGGGAUUGGUUGAUUUAGAAAUCCAAGAAGGAGCUAUCAUUAAAUUAAGAAAUAUCUAAAUUUCCAAUGAAAACGAGAUCUUAAUCACUGAUAAAACCAAUAUCAUGUUGUUACCUAAUUUCUGUUAUGAUGUUUAGCAUUUUGAAGAAAUCAAUCAAGUAUUUCCUAAAAUAGAUUUUUAACAGGAAAACUAUUAAACAAUAACAAUAGGAUCAUUUACAUAAAUAAAGAAAAAAUAUGAAAAUUAACAAUAUGUUCCAUUGAUCAAUCUGAUAUAAAAAUAAGUUAAAGAGAGCAUCAUUGUGGUUUAGGGACAAGUUCAAAGCAUCUACCCUACUUCGGUGGAAGAGGCUUUCAUAUUUUACAAUAAAUUCAAAUCAUUUUCUUACAAAGAAGUCAUAGCAAAUGGUUUGUAAAUAUCAGGAUUACAAAAAACAUUACAAAUAUAAAUUAACAUAAGAGAUGCUUCAUUAGAGGGAACAACCUAUGUAAUACAAUUAUUGAUUUUUGAUAAUCCUUCUUUCUUUCCUUUCCCAUUGGUUUGGGACAAUGUCGAGUAUAUGCAAGCUGAAUAUCAAAAGUUACUAGAAAAGUUGAUCCUGGAACAAGACUAGACACAUGACUUUGUUUUGGAAGUAAUUGAAUCGCCUGAGUCUACAAUUUAUAGAGUAAUUGAUACAAAAGUUAUUUAUUGA